AUGCGUGAGGAGGAGCUGGAGGUAGCCCUCAAGGUGGUGAUAGUUGGUGAUGGCGGUGUGGGAAAGUCCAGCAUGAUACAGCGGUACUGCCGCGGCACCUUCACCCGAGAUUAUAAGAAGACCAUCGGUGUCGAUUUUCUCGAACGACAAAUCGAGAUCGAUGGUGAAGAAGUAAGACUGAUGCUGUGGGACACAGCCGGCCAAGAGGAGUUCGAUGCUAUCACAAAAGCUUAUUACCGCGGCGCCCACGCGUGUGUUCUUGCCUUCUCUACGACCGAUAGGGAUUCCUUUCUUGCCUUACAUUCGUGGAAGCUAAAGGUGGAAAACGAGUGCGGUGAAAUACCAACUAUAAUCGUUCAAAACAAAAUUGACUUGAUGGAUCAGUGUGUAGUGGGGCCAGAUGAAGCGGAGUUAGUGGCAAGAGCUCUGGGCUGUAGGCUGAUGCGCGCUUCGGUUAAGGAGGACGUGAACGUUGGAGCCGUCUUUCGGGCGUUGGCAGCGAGGUGUCUCGCGGACUUGAGGCGAGAACACGCAGCUGAAAUCACUGCACCUACUAUACCACCAGUUAUAGGAACGUUUACUAAUCACAACAGCAACGGUACAAUUCUUCUGCGCCCCGUCAAGCACAGGCCUGGGGGUAAAAAGAGAAAUGUUUUGAAAAACGCGUGCAGAAUACUGUGA